UUAAAGUUAAUCCCUCUAGAAACCAGUGAAAAAACUUCCAUAUAGCCAUGUCUGGGGUACCACUUGAACGUUACUGCAAGAUCAAUCGCACCAUUCGCUUCUGUGUGGGUAUCUGCGGCAAUGAUGUCAUUCCCGAGGACUAUCGCAUGUGGUGGCUCACCUACAUGGUCAUUGGUGCCAUUUUCUUCUUCUUUGGCUGCACAGUGUACACGGUGUAUGUGGGCGUUGUGCUCGAGGGAGAUCUCACAGUGAUACUCCAGGCCUUUGCCAUGGUUGGCUCUGCCGUGCAGGGCCUCACCAAGCUGCUGGUCACCGCCAGAAUGGCCGCUGAGGUGCGGCACAUCGAGCGCACCUACGAGUCCAUCUACCGGGAGUACGGGCAGCGGGGCGGGGACUACAGCAGAUGCCUGGAGCGGCGCAUCAAGACGACGUGGCACAUGCUGAUGGCCUUCAUGUGGGUGUACAUCGUGUUGGUGGGCGGUUUGAUUGCCUAUCCGUUCUUUUUUUUGAUCUUCUACCACGAGAAAACCCUCGUAAUGCAGUUCCGUGUGCCGUGGAUCGACGAGAGCACCGAUGGUGGCUACCUGAUGCUCAUUUCGACACACGUAAUUCUCCUGUCCUUUGGCGGCUUCGGCAACUUUGGCGGCGACAUGUAUUUGUUCCUUUUCAUUACCAAUGUGCCCACGCUGAAGGAUAUAUUCAAUGUCAAGUUGCAGGAAUUCAAUGCUGUGGUUGUACUGCGAAAGGACUACCAAAGGAUGAAGACUCAACUCUGGGAUUUGCUGGCCUGGCAUCAGCAGUAUGUGAGCAUUCUCCGAGCUACGGAGCGCAUCUACAGAAUCAUUUUGUUUGUCCAACUGUCCACCGGUUGUGUCAGCAUUCUCUGCACUAUAUCCUGCAUCUUCAUAGGCGCCUGGCCCGCAGCACCCAUUUAUCUGGUGUACUCCUUUAUAGGCAUGUACACCUUCUGCGGACUGGGCACCAUUGUGGAGAAUUCGAACGAGGACUUAACCACGGAGAUCUAUGCCAAUUGUUUGUGGUACGAGCUGCCUGUCAAGGAGCAAAAGUUGGUAAUUCUCAUGCUGGCCAAGUCCCAACACGAGAUCUCCCUUACCGCCGCCGAUGUGAUGCCGCUGUCCAUGAACACGGCCCUGCAGCUGACCAAGGGAAUCUAUAGCUUCAGCAUGAUGAUGAUUACAUAUUUGGGUUAUGAAAAAUAGAGAGGA